UGUUCCCGGUAAUAAAGUACUAUUACCUAUUCAGCUGUCAUUAUAUAGGUAUCCUUACUUGGACUACCCACUUAUAAGCGGCACGAUCUUCGGGCUCACUUGCAUCGCGACUUUUCCUCAAUUGGCAGGGUAGCUCCCCUCUUCUGUUCCCUUCUGUUUGCUUCUGCUCCUCCAACUGGCAACACCCAAAUAAACCCCCACACUGUGAUCCCGUCUUACUCUUCAAUUCUCUCAAGCAAUAAACCUCACAUCUUCUCUCUUCCAGCGCCUUGAUUUAAUCUCCUUUCCUUCUCCUCACCCAAUCUAUCCUCACAACCCAUCGCAAUGGCUACCGAAGGCAACUCCCCCGCGCGACCCCGCGUCUACUUCGAUAUCUCGCUCGGCGGCAAGCCCGUCGGCCGUAUCACCAUGGAACUUUAUGCCGACCUUGUCCCUAAGACCGCUGAGAACUUCCGUGCUCUCUGCACCGGUGAGAAGGGCAUCGGCAAGUCGGGAAAGCCCCUGCACUACAAGGGCUCCAUCUUCCAUCGCGUCAUCAAGCAGUUCAUGAUCCAAGGUGGUGAUUUUACCGCUGGUGAUGGCACCGGCGGAGAGUCUAUCUAUGGCAACAAGUUUGACGAUGAAGCUUUCCCCAUGAAGCAUGAGAAGCCUUUCCUCUUGUCCAUGGCCAAUGCUGGUCCCAACACCAACGGCUCCCAGUUCUUCAUAACCACCGUUCCUACCCCUCACCUCGACGGCAAGCAUGUCGUCUUCGGAGAGGUCCUUAACGGCAAGUCCGUCGUUCGACAAAUCGAGAACCUUACCACCCAGUCCGGCGACCGCCCCGCAAAGGAGGCUCUCAUUGCCGACUGCGGCGAGCUCAAGGGUGACGCCGCCGUCGCUGCCGACGUGAAGCAGCCCGACGCCCUUGGCGACCCCUACGAGGACUUCCCGGAAGACUGCACCGACACUCUCGACGCCGUCGCCGUCGUCAAGAUCGCCAAGGCCUGCAAGGAGUACGGCAACACUGCCUUCAAGUCGGGCAACUAUUCUCUCGGUCUCGAUAAGUACCAGAAGGGUCUGCGCUAUAUCAACGAGGACCCUGAGCUUGAGGACCAACCCCAGUCCAUCAAGGACGAGCUCCAGGCUCUGCGCUUCUCCCUCAACAAUAAUUCGGCCCUUUUGAACAUCAAACUGGAGGCCUGGGACGACGCUGCUCGCUCCGCUUCUGCUGCCCUUGACGUCCAAGGUGUUAAGGACGCCGACCGCGCAAAGGCUUUCUACCGUCGUGGCCUUGCCAACAUCCGCCUCAAGGACGAGGAGGCUGCUCUGCGUGACUUGAGCGAGGCUAAUACUCUUGCGCCUAACGAUAGCGCUGUCACCCGAGAGCUCAACGCAGUCCGAACCAAGGCUGCUGCUCGCGCCGCCAAGGAGAAGGCUGCCUAUAAGAAGUUCUUCGCCUAAGCGGCUGCAGAGAAACCGCAGCGCAAAAUAGAGAGCGUCAUUUUACUCAUUAUGAGCGGGAUAGAACGCCAGUUGUAUUUGAAAAUUAUAGCCA